AUGGAUACAACAGGAAGUGGCGUAACAUCUUCAGGUUCUCUUCGUACAAAAAUAUCUUUGAAGGGUGGUUAUUCGCAACUGUCAUUGGUGUGUCCCUUUCAUCUCAUGAAGCCAGAAUUACCACAGCAAAGUGUUUUACUUGGUAGCAAUGAUCUAUUGGCUGAAUAUGACAUGAGUUCUUCCUAUCAACGUUUUUGUGGUUCAAAACGACUACGCGAAGAUCUGGCUUCGUUUCUACCACAUCUCGUUGGCAGUUUCAACUUUGAGAAUGCUUUGGAAUUCAGCUCGUUACGAAUGUUGGUCGAAAAGCCACCAAUAACAGGAAAAGAAAUCACUAACCUUCCUGCAAGUGCUAUGGCAGGCUUUAGACUGACACCAGGAGCAGUACCAGAACCUUACAGGUACUUCGAUAAAAAGCGAGAUGACCAAAACAAUGAUGCUGCUAGCUUCGAUGAAAAUAGUGAAGAAAUGAAGCACAAACGGAAAUACAAAUGGAGUUUAGAUGAUAUUGAUGAGGCGGAAUCAGAUCGAAAAUAUAGAAAGCACCGAAGUGAGGAUAGAGAUAAAAGGAAGGAAAAGAAGAAGAAAAAGGACAAAAAACGAAAGGUAUGA